AUGGAAUUUAUUCGAAAUAAUUUUCUGUUAAAAUUACCGAAAUACCCCCGUUCUCCCCCAAUCGAAAUACCCUCUUUCACGCCGUUAGGUUCAUUCCCUUCACAACCUUCAACUGAGAGAAGAGCUGCGACCUUUCUCCUAUCUCCGCUCCAGACUUCCUAUCGCCGGCGCCGGCUACGGCUACUGCUCCUUCAUCUGGAAUUAGACUCCUAA